CUGGGCUGGCCUCGGGUGCGCCGGGAGCGUCUCGGGGGAGGAGGCCAGGGCGGCCGGCCCCUCCCACUCCGCUUUUUCUCGCGUGUCCUGUCCCCGGGACUGGCAGUGGGCGCCCGGUUACCAGCAAGUGUGCGUAGGGAAUAAACGGAGACGGAUCGCAGCAAGCCGAGGGCGCAGCAGCGACCAGGACCGACCCGCCCGCGCCAUGCGCUCGCUCACUGGCCCGAGGGCGUUCGUGGCGCCCGGCUGCCCGCUGGUGCUUCUGUGCCUUCUGGUGGCGACGUGCCCGUAUCGGGCAGAAGGCGAUCCCACAGAUUCGUCUUUUACAAGUCUACCUGUUCGAGAAGAAAUGAUGGCAAAAUAUUCAAACCUUUCCUUGGAGAGCCAUAAUAUAUCACUGACAGAAGAGUCCAGUUCACCAGUAGAAAAAAACAUUACUUUGGAAAAGCCUUCUGACCUGGAGCUCUUAUGCCAGUUCACGCCAUCUGGGGAUUUGAACUCAGUGAAUGUGACUUGGAAAAAGGAUGGUGAAUUACUUGAGAAUAUUGAUGUUUUCAAUACAACCAAAGUGGGGAACACCUUGUACAGUCAGUACAGGUUCAUCAUUUUUAAUAGCAAGCAAAUGGGAAGUUAUUCUUGUUUCUUUGAUGGAGAAAAGGAGCUCAGAGGAACAUUUAAUAUCAGAGUACCCGGCGUUCAUGGGAAAAACAAGCCGUUGAUCACUUACGUGGGGGAUUCUACCGUCCUGAAGUGUGAAUGUCACAAUGGUCUUCCUUUAAAUUGGACUUGGUACACGAGUAAUGGAAGUGUACAGGUUCCUAUUGAUGUUCACAAGAAUGAUAAGUAUGUUAUAAAUGGAUCCUAUGCUAAUGAGACACGACUCAGGGUAAAGCAUCUUUUGGAGGAAGAUGGGGGCUCCUACUGGUGCCGAGCGGCCUUCCAGUUAGGGGAGAGCGAAGAACACAUUGAGCUGGUUGUGCUGAGUUUCAUGGUGCCCCUGAAGCCGUUUCUCGCAAUAAUCGCCGAAGUUAUUCUCCUAGUGGCUAUCAUUCUGCUUUGUGAAGUGUACACACAGAAAAAAAAGCAUGACCCAGAUGAUGGGAAAGAAUUUGAACAAAUUGAACAGUUGAAAUCAGAUGAUAGCAAUGGUAUAGAAAACAAUGCUGCCCCCAGGCUCAGAAAAAAUGAGUCGGUGGAACAAUGAGCGAAGACUAUUCCGCCUGGAGAAGAUGUACAAAGAGUUUGUAUUCCUGCUUCCUCUCAAGAAUGUGUGAAUUUUAGAUUUUUAGAAGACAGAAAACUUCCUCAGCACCCACAGCGGUAGCUUUAUAAACAAUAUAGGCCAUCUCCUACCUAAAGAUGUAUUUUCAUUUUGUAAUUGCUUUUCAUUAAAGCAAGGCGAAUUGUUUCAGGUGUGUUCUGCCUGCUGUAAGCUAGAUAAUAAAUUUUAUCCUGGUCCGGGAGAUCAGGGGCAUGGGACAGACAGCAGCAAAAUCAGUGACUAAUCCACGAAGAAAUAUCACUAAAGAUGUGUUUAUUACCAAAGAAUGCAUUAAAGAGAAAGCGUUUGCCUGUUGUCUUACAAGUGUUUCCCCUGCUCAUGCAUGACUACCUACAGAAGUAUUGAUAACAGCUUUUCUGUGAUGUGUAUUCUGCCAUGGUAUUGAAAGUGUUUUCCCUAGAAAAUAGGAACUAUACUUUCGAUAAUGGUGACUUCUCUGUAGGCUCUACUCUAAGGUAUACUUUUGCUCCAUGAGUAAUGGUGUCCACUAAGGGAGUACAAACCGUAUAUGCUAAGAAAAAGGGUUUCUUAGUCUUCAGUAGGACAUUUUCCUCAUUCUUUGCCACGGCAUUUGGGCCUCAUCUGUCCUCCUGGUGUUGAAGUUUCAGAGUACAGAUCCAUGUGGUCACAGUCCGACACGGCUACUUUCAUGGCUUUGUGGCUCGUGGAUCCUGGAGACCUUGAUUUGCUGUCUGGUUUCUCGUGCCAUUACUGUCCAAAUGUACAAAAAUGCGUUAUUACUGCUUUCCAAUAAUAAUUCCUUUGAUUGAUAAGCAGGCGUGCUAGUACCCUAUUUUUAUGUUGCUGCAAAUGUCUUAGACUUAGCUUUUGAAAUGGAAGGAUUUCAUUACAUACAUAACUGAGAUAUUUUAUAUAAACUCAAUAAAGCCCAAAUCAAUUCAACUUUGAAUGGACAUAGCCAGUUGUCACUGACUUUAAGUUAAGUAAAUAAAUAAAUAGAUAAAUAGAUAGAUAAAUAAAGCGGUGCCUUGGGUAGUAGAUUAGGUGUCCCUGGUGCUGCCAAAUUUGUGACACACUGUUUCCUGAUAACAGAGUUAAGGACAAUGACAACAAAGGGACCAACUUGGGAUGGUAGUAAAAGAAAUCCAUGGUUCUUGGGGAUUGACAGUUUAGAGGCUGGGUAGAAAGAAUCCACUGAUUUAGCAUUGAAAAUUAGAAGUGUAUGCCUUGCACACUAGCUAAGAAAAAUAUCAAAUUCUGAUAGGGACAAUUCUGUAAUGUCUCAGCUAAUGUUUACCAAUAUCACUAGCUAGAAUAGUACAUAUAAAAUAUUAUGGCAGCUGUGUCCUGUUUUGUUGAUGCAACAAAGUUCAGUAUUUUCUAAUACAUGUUAACUGUACGUGUAGAUCUUAUUGAAUGAGAAUGCACCUCUUGGUAGUAGAUGUCCUGUUUUCUUCCUUAGUCUUAUGAAUGGUACUUUUGUUUUGCUUUAAUCUGUGCUUAAUUUGACAAGAUCCUCUUGAUGAGCUCAUGGCAAUCAAUAUGAUUAGCCUAAACAUUUUGAGUUGAGAGAGCAAGUCCCACUCAACAGUAUAACAGUGACUGGACACAUCCAAAACCCCAAGUAACUUUACUGACAAGAUUCAUUCAUUUGCUUUGCCACCACUAAGUAUUUAAGUUGAAAUAGCUUACAUGGAAAAAAAAAAGCUACUCAAAGGUAAAAUAAUCUGAAAUAGUUAUGUUCCACAUUGAAAUACUAGCAGGUAAUAUGUGUUAGUUAGUUUUCUAAAAGAUAAGUUAUCUUAGUAACUUUAAGUAGAAAAAGUUUUCAAAUAUUGAAGUUGAUUUUUGGCCUUUCAGGAUCUCUCUGGAGUACUUCUGAAAAAUUAUUCCAUCCCUAUUAGAUUAAAACGGACUGAUUCUAUUAACUAGCCUCACAGAGACGAUGAAUGGAUUGUCUAAGGACCCACUGUAAACUGACUGCAAAAAAACAAAAAUGAAAGUAGGAAAACUACCCUAUGUCAUAGACACCUGGGAAACUCUACCAAUCUUUUCAGUUGAUGUGUUUUUCAAUAUAAUAAUUAGAUGUACUGAUGCCAUAAAAAUGUUCAGAUAAUCUUAAAUUCGGUUUGCAUUGAAAUAUAAAUCUCCUAAUCCUCCCCCCCUCCCCGCCCCCAGCUAGCGAGUCCUUCAGGCUUGAAUCUAAAAUUGUUUUUUUGAAGGUAGCUGUCCUGGAACUCACUCUGUAGACCAGGCUGGCCUCGAACUCUUACAGAGAUCUGCUUGCCUCUGCCUCCCUGAGUGCUGAAAUUAAAGGCAUACGCCACCAUCACCUGGUUUCCUUUAAUUUUCUUAACCUGUCAUUAAUCCUCCCAGAACCCCUCCCACUUCACCUUCUGUAAGGUUAUGGUGGUGUAGGGUUCCCUACCUUGGCCUCAUUGUGCAUUCCUCCAUUUUUCACGGUGCUUCUCAGUCUCAGUCUUCCUUCUUAAACACAAAGAUCUCACGUGACCUAUCAGGUUUCAGGCCAGACCUUACGCAGUACAUUGUUGCCAUUUCUGCACGUCACCUAAUUACCGGUCUCCUCCCAGUGUCUUGGAUUAGCCCAGAAUGUGUCUCGGAUGCUUGUCCGUCCCACUAACUCAAGAUUACCCUUCAGUAUGUUAAAGUUUAGGGGAAAUUCAUGGGGUAGGGAAAAUACCGUGCGCUAAGAAAUCCAUGUUGUCAAGGUAGUUUUCCUGCUUCAGUUGUGUGCCCCGUAUUUCGAACAAGGAAAAAGUUAUAGAUGAUGUAAAAUGUGUAUCCCUAUCUUUAGAAAACUAAUUUUGACAGUUAAAGCUGCAAAACAAAUUUUUACAGAAGAACAAAUUAUGCAAAUCCUCCAAUUGUACAGAGUACAUCACACCUAUUCUGGUGGGUUAAUUCCUGUCACACGUAGAAUCCCAUGGUCAGUAUGCGCAGAAACCUUUUAUUUAAUAAGGUGACACCUUGGCCCUAAAUACGCAGGAUUUUAAUGAUUAUGUUCCUUUGUGCGGCGCAGAGAGCUGGCACUGCGCUCACUCCACUAACAUACCCGUUCCACUUCCCCAAGUUUUGUACGCCUUUGAACAUCUCAGAAUUCACUUCAGAAUGUAAUAUUAACAGCAGCAUGUGACAGAAAGAUUUAUCAUUACAUUUUGAACACUGAAAGCAUACUUUUCAUCAAAUUGAUUAAAAGAAGGGGGAAAAAGUCUUUCAUUUCUACCUUUUGGUUUCUGGUCCUCAUCUUUGAGACAGUUUUGAUUAUUUGCCACCUGUUAGAUUUCCCCGUAUGAAAGUGAACCUUUGGUAAUUAAGUAAGUCUAAGGAAAGAAUUAGGGAAUUUCUGCUCAGUGGUUCAGCUCUCAGAAAGGUGUCCAAGUGCCCCGGUAUUAAUAGCACAGCAUGGUGACCUGUGUGCCGUCGCACUCAGAAAAAUAUUGAUGGCAUGAGUGGAAGUGGAAGGAAGACUUGGUUGGUUUGUGACUUUAAGUCACACACACUUAGGUACUCAACUGAUUUAAUGACAUCUUAUCACCCUUGUCUGUCCUGGAGAGGAAGACAGCUGAACUGUGUGUCCCGUCUUUACUUGCCCUGCAUCUAGGCAGUGGCCUGUUCUGCUUACCAGUCGGAUUCCUCAUUAAAGACGCGCCCCACUUGUUCAGUACCAGCGGCAGCCAUUUGUUGAGCGUGUCGUGUGCUAGGCACUCUAACACAUGCUUUGACGUUUUCUGUGUAUUUCACGCGUACCAUAAAAACAGUCCUCUAUUUUCACCAAUGCACAGUCUCAAGCCCAGAGACCACAAGAAAACCACACAAACCCACGAUGUACAUUUAACUGAAACCCAGAUUUGGCCUCAGCUGGCCAAUUCAACAGCACUGAAUGACUAGUUAUAUACAUCCUAAAAACUGAGGUCGUUAUCAGUUACCUUGUUUUGUUUCGUUUUGCUUGUUUUUUAAUUUCACUCUUUUUAGGUGGUCAGUCAUAGCACAAGAUCCAUAAUCUUACUGUAGUUGGGACCCACUUUUUGUCAGUCUGUGUCCCCACGCAGGUGCUGGGAAAUCAAUACAUACUUAAGACUUUUUUUUUUUUAGUUGUCAUUUGUGAGAAUGACCAUGAAAUUUAUCAUCCAGACAUAAAACGAGAAAGAUGCUAUGUAUAACUUCACUGAGACAUGGAAAGCAGGCCCUUUGGUCUCACAUUCAGCUCCUAGGGAGGAGGCCACUGCUCUGUGUGUGUGGGGGGGAGGUCCUGUCACAGAGGCCGCAGCAAGCUGAAAUGAUUGAUAGAAAUGAACUUUCAAGGAAAUAGCCAAUUUUAGCUAAUGCGGGGAAAUCACCAUUUUCAGUAGGUGUCAGGGGAAUGCCGCUGUGGAGAAGUGCCUAUAACUCAGCGUAAAGUUUUAUUGCUUUAAGUAUCUUAGGAUGACUGUGGUGUGUUGGCAUUGGGAAGAUGGAUGCGCGGGUCAUAAGAGAAGUUGGCGAAGAACAUCUUGCUUGCGCUGCUGGGUAGAUGAACUGGCCAGUUCCUUGGAUUUGUGCACCGCUUGGUUCCUGUGUGGUAGUGGUCAUGUUUGUGUGAAUCCAGUGAGCCAAGAAUGGCAGAUCCUUUAGGACCAAAUUUGCCAGUGAAAUGAUUGAAAAUCCCACAUGAAUAGAACAAAGUACUUUCAGUUUCACAAACAGUUUAUGGUCUGCAUUUCUUGUUCCUUUGCAGCUCGCUCAAUGGGAGCAUGUUAUGGAAACCUGUUUAGGGUCUUGGUUAAAGAUAAUGUUUUUGUCUGGUGUGUUUUAUGUUUUAAGGCAUUUUAUUAAAACAAAUAUGUAAUUUGUGGAAAAUUAUCACAUUAUUUUUCUAAAGUUUAUUGAUAACCAUGAAAGUAAUAGAUUUAUUACAUAUGUAAUUAACUGUAAUGCUACUUAAUAUUGCAAAAGAAUAGCUACUUAUAUUUUUUAGCUUUUAGAAUAGAUAUUUGAUCAUAAAUGUUUAGUUUUGCUUAAAUCAAGGAUCGUUGAUUAUAUUUUUUUAAUAGCUGUGUUUCUUUUUACAUGUGUGUUUAGAUUCUCAUCGUUGACUUUCUAUAUCAUGUAACACCAGAAAUGCCAAUACAGGACCAUUGUGAAAAUUUCCAUGUUGCAUAUAAAUUUAACAUACAAUUAAACUCAAUAAAAUGUAUUCUGAGGAUUAAAGCUUUAA